AUGCUGCUCCGAACGGCACGAUGUGCGCACCGCUUCGCAAGCACCCAGCCUCCCAGAUGCCACCUUCCUCGCUCCGGGCCGCCACACAAGUCAUAUCCCCGCAUCAGAGAUCAGACCAGGAUAUUCACUACUCGAGGCGGGUCCUUGAAUACGCAAAAUGAGAAGGCUUCAAAUGCGGCCGUAAAAACACAAGGAGCUGCAGGUCAUGGGAUUACGGAAAAAGAGCCUGGGGCUUCUACGAAGCCGCCAAAUAAGAAGCCAGGCCUCCUUAGCGAGGCUGCAAUGACUAGACAAGAGCAGCGGAAGGCGGAUUGGGCGAUUAUGAAAGAAAUGUCGAAGUAUCUGUGGCCUAAAGACGACUGGGGAACGAAACUCCGUGUUGGGGUCGCGCUAUCACUAUUAAUUGGAGGCAAAGUGCUGAAUGUCAACGUUCCUUUCUACUUCAAACAAAUCGUAGACUCCAUGAAUAUCGAUUUUGCAGCACUCGGGGGUACCGCGUGGACAGUGGCGGGCUCUAUGAUCGUGGCAUAUGGUGCGACGAGGAUAGGGGCAACUGUAUUUCAGGAGCUUCGAAAUGCUGUAUUUGCCGGCGUGGCACAGAAGGCGAUCAGAAAGGUUGCUCGAAAUGUUUUCAAUCACCUGCUUCGCCUAGACCUUAAUUUUCACCUAAGCCGGCAAACAGGAGGUCUCACCCGUGCUAUUGAUAGAGCGGUCACAGCUGCAACUAUGGUGGCAUAUUCGGCGUUCACAAUUACUACUACCGCAUGGCGUACUAAAUUUCGAAAGCAAGCAAACGCCGCAGAUAACCAAGGAGCUACUGUCGCAGUCGAUUCUUUGAUCAACUACGAAGCUGUCAAAUACUUCAACAAUGAGCAAUUCGAAGUGGCCAGAUACGACAAAGCUCUCAAGGCCUAUCAACAUGCGUCGAUUAAAGUCACCACAUCCCUUGCUUUUCUUAACUCCGGCCAAAAUAUAAUCUUUUCGAGCGCUCUUGCGGCGAUGAUGUACUUUGGCGCCCACGGAGUAGCGACUAGUGCAUUAACGGUGGGGGACCUUGUGAUGAUAAACCAGUUGGUAUUCCAGCUGUCUGUUCCAUUGAAUUUCCUAGGUUCAGUGUACCGAGAGCUUAGGCAGUCGCUACUGGAUAUGGAGACGCUUUUCAAUCUCCAGAAGGUCAAUGUCAAUAUAAAAGAGCUGCCGAAUGCAAAGCCAUUGCAGUUAAGACAGGGCGGAGAGAUCAGAUUUGAGAAUGUCACAUUUGGCUAUCAUCCAGAACGAACCGUUUUGAAGAACGUUAGCUUCACCAUUCCCGCAGGGGAAAAAUUCGCCAUCGUUGGCCCCAGCGGAUGUGGUAAAUCUACGAUUCUACGACUUUUGUUUCGAUUCUACGACGUGCAAGGAGGUCGUAUCCUGAUUGAUGGGCAAGACAUACGAGAUAUUACGCUGGAGAGUUUGCGGAAGUCGAUUGGCGUCGUUCCUCAGGACACUCCGCUAUUCAACAAUACUAUUGAGCAUAACAUCCGCUACGGUCGAAUUGAUGCGACGAGGGAGGAGGUGCGAGAAGCGGCGCAACGAGCACACAUUCACGAAUUGAUCGAACGACUACCGGCUGGUUAUGACACUCCCGUGGGUGAGCGUGGAAUGAUGAUAUCUGGCGGAGAAAAGCAGCGGCUAGCUAUUUCUCGCUUAAUUCUAAAGAAUCCGCCACUGCUGUUCUUUGAUGAAGCGGUGGGUGUCUCCUCAACUUACACAUCUGCGUUGGAUACAUACACAGAGCAAGCACUUCUCCUGAAUAUCAACAGCAUCCUCAAGGACCAAGCACGAACCAGUGUCUUUGUGGCCCAUCGGCUGCGAACGAUAUACGAUAGCGACCGGAUCUUGGUCUUGAAGGAUGGCCAGGUCGCCGAGAUUGGAACUCACUCCCAGCUUUUGGACAAAGGUGCCGUAUAUGCGGAGCUAUGGAAUGCCCAAGAGACGUCGCUAGCGCGGGACCCAGAACGCGAAAGGGAACUUGAGAUUGAAGAGAUCGAGGAAGAAAAGAAGCUGGAACAGGGAGUCGGCGAAAAGAGCCCUUCUUCACAACCGCAGCCGCCAUCUCGCGAUCCGCCAAUUCCACAUUGA